GCCCUUACCUCACUCUUGGGAGCUGUGGCCACGCGUUCCUGCCAGAGUGUCAGUGAGUAACACACGGGAGAAGCCAUGACACAUCCAUCGUGUAUGCAUCGUGGCUUUAUUGCGUCCUUGUCCAUCCUAUUGCUCUGAUCUCACUUACAGCCAUCGAGUUGAACUUCGCUACGACAUCCUCCUGACAGCUGGGGUCCACGAAUGCCCCACCACGGAUGGCUUGGCAAAGCGCCAGCCACUUGCACUCCUCAUCCGACAGGCACGUGUGUUCUUCGAUGGGCACUGUCUUCCAGAUGCUGUCGAGGGCGUCCGUGGUGGUGAGGAUGCUGGCGUUGUUGCCGCCACCGUGCUCGUUGAUGAAUGCGGACGGCGGAUUGAGCAGUGCGGCGCCGAGCACGGGCGUCUGGUCCUCCUCGUUGACCCGCACCUCCUUCAACAGGUGCAGCAAGAUUCUCACGCAAACAAGGGGCAGCCGGCGGGCAGCCGCGCUGCUCUUCCUUGCAGACGGGUCAGCAUUCUGCAUUUCAGCGCACACGCCAAUUGCGGCGGGACAAAGAUGGCAUUACUGAGCGCUUCACUUCACCUGCUCCUUACCUUGUCAGCCCUCAACAGCUCCGAAGCUGGAGAUGGCGGCAGUCUCGUGUUCAUGACAAUGGUGAAGCGAAGAGGUGGAACUGUGCUGAAAGAGAGGUGUCGGAACGGCAGGAAGCACAGGAUGGCACAGGAUAUUGCACAGGAUGGCAAUCCAUCCUCCGAAAAAAGUGGCGAUGUCUCUCUGUCUCCA